UUCUGUGGAUGUUCCAAACGGCACCCAUCUCACGGAAUUACCCAGUAGCCGUUCACGGCUCUUUAGGUGACGGAUCGUGUCCUACAUCAACAGUUUUCUUUAUCCUUUUCAUUUGUUUUUUGGGGAAAAAGAAAAGGAGUGCAAGUAAGCCGAACUUGUAUAUUUUUAUUGUUGUUGUUCAUCUUCUUUCGGUGUGAAACUCAAAGUUUGGGAGCUUUUACACCCGGCGCAGAGCUGUUUGUGCUGCUUAGCUAGCUGCUAGGACGCGUAGCUUAGCUUACCUCAUUCUGGGAUACAACCUCGAGACAAGUCGGGACAAGACCAGUCUCAGGGUUCACCAUACUCAAUGAGCGGACAGCGCAAUGUCAGAGCGCUCUGGGCAAACUGCAAAGGGGAAGGAAGGCAAAACCAAGUAUGCGUCUCUCAACCUGUUUGAUACAUACAAAGGAAAGAGCCUUGAAGCACAAAAGCCAGUUGUCACCCCCCGCCAUGGCCUGCAGUCUCUUGGUAAAGUUGCCGCUGCACGGCGUAUGCCGCCCCCCGCUAACCUGCCCAGUCUAAAGGCGGAGAACAAAGGCAACGAUCCCAACGUCUCGCUCGUUCCCAAAGACGGCACAGGAUGGGCAAGCAAACAGGAACCAGCAGACCCAAAGAGUACCGAUGCAGCGUCAGCACCGCAGCCGGAUACGCAGCAGUCUGCGGCUUCGCAGACACCCGCACCGACCCGCCCGAAAACCCCUCCGGCUUCAGAGGUACCGGCCCCAGUUUCAACCCAGGCCGCAGGGGCAAGGUCCUGGGCACAAGCCAGUGUUACACAUGGAACACAAGGGGAUGGUGGAAAGGGAUUAAACCUACCAUCGCCAUUCUCUCGCGAGGAAUUUCCUACCCUGCAGGCGGCUGGAGACCAGGACAAAGCUGGCAGAGAACAGGCCACUGCAGAUCAGUGGUAUGGGCCCGGACCAAGCCUCCGCCCCCAGAACGUUACAAGUUGGCGGGAUGGUGGGGGCCGAGCCCUGGCACCCACCAUGCCUGGGGAGGGGGCAGUCGAGGGUGGCACAGGUGGCGCUCUGGCGAUGGAUGGGGCAGCCGGCGUCCCCCCACCAAACUCCCAGAACCACGGGCCACCUAGGAAUCCUCCUGCAGGCAGUCCCGCCCUGCCCCUGCCCCAACCCCCCGUGGGGCCCGGGUUCCCUCCUUAUCGAGGGAUCAUGCCUCCCUUUAUGUAUCCUCCCUAUCUGCCCUUCCCGGCGGCCCCUUUCGGCCCUCAGGGACCCUACAGGUAUCCGGCGCCUGGGGAGGGGCCUGGUCCAAGGUUCCCACGUGGAUCUGACAACCGGGCUCAAGGCAACCCUCGGGAUUUAGGUGGAGAGGUGGUGAAGCGGCCCUCCAUCCUGAAACAGGACGACCUGAAGGAGCUGGACGAGCUGGACCAUGACGGGGACGAGGGCUGGGCAGGAGCGCACGAGGAGAUUGAUUACUCUGCAAAGCUGAAGUUCAGCGACGAUGAGGGUGAGGAAGAGGGAGAAGAGGAGAGGACGGAGGGCAAGAAUGACUCACGGGAGGCACAGAGGUCCCAGGAUGCUGGCCCGGCAUCAUCUCACCCUCAAGCCUCAGAUCGGGGUCGCACCCCUCCCUCCAAUGCUGACAAUGGCCCCCAACCCCCCUCCAGCAAGCCAGGAUGGGCCGAGGAGGGAGGAGCCAGUUGGGGAAGCCAGGGAGCGCCAGCCAAUUACCAGGAACGCUCACUCGGUCAGGGCGCACCUCCUGGUCCAGGGAAGCCUGCUCCCGCCCAGCUUCAGCCGGCAGGAGGUGGCCCCGCCCCUCCCGCCCAGCCGGGUCAUGGCGCCCAGGGAGACGACGAGGACGAGACUUGGCGUCAACGCAGGAAACAGUCGUCCACGGAGAUCUCUGCUGCCGUGGAGCGGGCGCGGCGCCGCCGCGAGGAGGAGGAGCGAAGGAUGGAGGAGGAGCGGCGCGCAGCCUGCGCUGAGAAACUGAAACGGUUGGACGAGAAGCAGCAACAACAGCAGGGCGGCAGCGCAACAGGCGGCAGCAGCAAGCCCCCCAGCCUGGACGGGAACUCUGCGGCCCCCACAGCCGGCAGCCCGACCCCUUCUGCCUCGGCGUCGUCCCCGAACAUCAGCCAGCCUUCCUCGCCGUGCGUGGACCCAGAGGAGCCUCCGGUGGUCGCCGCCCCACCUGGACCCGGCCCUGCAGCGCAUGAACGUCAACGAGCUAGCAGCAACAGCAGCUACGACUCUGGUGCAGAUGCUCAACAGUGUGCUCCGUCGGCCGUGCCAAAGCCACAGCCGCCCAUCCUGGACGUACCAUUGACGGGGGAGAGCAAGGAAGAGUCCACGGUCAGUCCUCACGUACGGCCGGGGGGCGUGGCUGAGCGAGGAGUCGACCCUGUGAAAUCUGAGAACAUUGGUGGAGGAGCAGGUCGACAAACCGGAGGUCCUCCAGGCCAGGGUUACUCCAAGUACCAAAAGUCUCUUCCACCUCGCUUCCAGAGGCAGCAGCAAGAGCAGCUCCUCAAGCAGCAGCAGCAGUGGCAGCAGCAGCAGCACAGCCAGGCGUCACAGAGUCAGCUGUCCCCACAAACCCAGGCCGCCUCGCCGGGCUCCGCCCCCCAACCAGGGCCUGGACCUAAGCAGGGCGGGCCCAUGUAUCAGCCUGGCAGCAUGGUCCGGCCUCAGCCUCUGCCGCUGAAUUUCGACCCUCGCUGGAUGAUGAUGCCCUACAUGGACCCCCGCAUGAUGCAGGGUCGCCCCCCACCCAUGGAGUAUUAUUCAGCUGGCAUGCACCCAUCCGGGCUCAUUGGACGAGAGCGGUCAGAUUCAGGGGGGUCCGACCCCUUCGACAGGCAACAACCGCAUCCCGGGCAUCAACAUCGCGGGACUCCACCUAUGGAUCCUAAACUGGCCUGGGGACCAGAAGUGUUUCCCAGUGGAGGGGAGGGUCGUGGACUGACCUCUCCUCACAGGCAGAAGCAGGCUUUGGAGGACGAGGAGGGGACCAAGGGGACCAGGAGUGACACGCCUCCACAUCGCCUGCGAGACGGCGCUCUGGGACCGAUCCAGCAGCCCACCUCUUCAUCCGGAACAUCCAACCAAACCCCUCCCCCCCCUGCCAGCGCCCAGGGCGGCAGCCACCACGCUCAUCACUACAUGAGCGGCAGGGGAAGCUACAGCAACUUCCCCGACCAGGCCGCCAGGAUCCCCCCCCACCAGCAGCAGCAGCGGGUGGAGGAACGGGGGGGCCAGCCGCAUAGCUUCCCCCAGCAGGACGACGGACCUCCCAGAGGAUCCCAGCAAGGCCAGAUAUGGGGCGCGCCGCACUACGACCACAACGGGCGAGCGGACGGCCCCUCUGUGGAGAACUCUCACCACCACCAACAUCACGGACACCACCCUCCACAGACUCACUUCCCGCUUCACCCCAACAAGGCAGAACACGGCCGCGACAGGGCGGGCGAGGCCCCCGCCAAGAAGGCCGCCUCCUCCCCCCCUCUACACCAGCCGUCUUUGUCGUCUUCUUGCUCCUCGUCCUCCGCUUCGUCAGCGAGGGAGGACGGGAACGCGAAAGCGAGCCAGCAUAAACACCCGCCGCAGAGGGACGCGGACUCGGAGAAGCAGAACAACUCCGGCAACAGCCACACCAAGCUGGACAAGAUGGGCCCUCCCUAUGCCCCCCACCCCUCCAUCCCCGCUGGUCCCCUGCUUCCUCAACCCCAGCAGCAUCCCAAAGCAAACCAAAGAGGAGGACGGGAGCACAAAACCGAGACCCAGUGGGGGCCACGGCCUGGCAGCAGCAAUAUGGGCGGGGGGUCGUCUCACGGUCGGAGAGCCAACAACGCAGGAGGCGGUACUAACCACCGCGGGGGCGAGGACGGCACUCCAUCUGACCACAAACCCCCCAAUCAGACCGGGUGCAACAACCCCAACAAGAGGGCCGGCCCCAUUAAGAAGCCGGUGCUGAAGGAGUUCCGGAAGGAAAGGGGGGAGAGCGACGGCGGCGGAAAAAUGGGCUUCGGAAAAGACAAAGACCAAGAUGGUGGCCAGCCCGCUGCCGGAAAACAGGAAGUUACCUUCCAGAACAGCUCCGCCCCGUCUAAAGAGGAGCCCAACCAGGCUACCAAACCCAGGAAUGGAGGAAAAGAUCGUCCGCCAGGUGGCGGGGUGCCCGGUCGAGGGCCCAAAGAUGGAGACGUCGCCCCAUCAGCCUUUUUGGGGCCCUCUGCAAAGAAGGACAGAGAUCGCUCCUUUGAGAGAGGGGGCCCCAACUCCCACCACGCCAUGUCUGCCAAGAACGGCAGAGGCAGCCGAGGGCGCGGCGGAGAGUUCUACGGGCGUGGCCGCGGCUACCGUGGUGGCUUUGUGGCCGGUGCCAGUCCCGCCGGCGCCGGUCGGGGCAGAAUGGGAGGCAGGAGUGGCAGAGACUACCGCUCGUCGGUCGGCGUCGGCCACCACCAGGAGCUGAAGGGCGACGGACCUGUGAGCCGGCACGGCCAGGACCGCUCCCAACACAACCCUGCCCGAGCCAGGAACCGCAGCGAAACCCGGAGCGAGGGCUCGGAAUAUGAGGAGAUCCCCAAGAGGAGGAGGGAGAGGGGCUCGGAGACCGGUAGCGAGAGCGGCCCCAGCGACCACUCCGACAAGGAAGACGGCAAGAAGCGCCACGCCAAGAGUGGCUCAGACAACACCGGCGCCACUGGGAACGUUUCAUCGGCAGCACCCAGAGGUCCCCAGGCGCGUGUCUUCACCCCCAGGGGCGUGCCCUCCAGGAGAGGGAGGGGAGGGGGUGGAGGUGGUGGUGGAGGGGGGAACAUGUAUAGAAAUAGCGGCAACCUCGGAGGACCGGCUGGAGGAAAUCGGGUUGGACCAGGUCCUAACGGCGGUGCCGCCAAGCCCACAAAUUUAGGCCGGAAACAGCAAGCCCCGCCCCAGAUCCCUGCCCCGAAAGACUCGGGCCGGGGGGGCGCCGCAGGAGAGAAAAAGGACAAAGUAGCCGAAGGAGGUCAAAGUCACAAUCAGGGGACCAACCCCCCUCAGGCAUCUGCCCCCGCCCCCGCAUCCGGAGGGCUGAACGGCCCCCCCCUCGCCAACAACCGCGGAGUGGACCGGCCCCCCAGACGGCGGCGUCAUGGGCGCUCUCAGCACCAGCAGGACAAGCCCCCUCGCUUUCGCAAACUGAAAGAGAGGGAGAACGCCGCUCGCAUUAACGGUGGCGUCGGGGUCAUCAGCGGGGGGCGGUCCUUGUCCCCUUCCUUGAAUUCAGUGCAGGACGGUGGUGAAGCUCCAGUCCCGCCCCCCGUUACAGGAAACGCCUCCCAGAGCACCACCACCAACAGUAACAGCGGCGGCCAUCUUAACAACGCAAACAGCCACCACCAUCACCACUACAACCAGAGCGGCGCCGCGCCGCCUCACCCCCAGCACCACCACAACCACGGCGCCAAGUCUCCUGACUUCACCAACCAGAACUCCGACCAGGCCAACGAGGAGUGGGAAACCGCCUCCGAGAGCAGCGACUUCACCGAGUUCCGAGAAAGGGACGGUGGCGGAGGAGGGGGGAAGCAUUAUCACCAUCACCACCACGGCGGCAGGGGAGGGGGCGUCGCCGGAGACCCUGUCGAGCGUGACGGGUCGGGCAAGGAGCCCUUGGCCAACAAACGAAGCUUCUCCAGCCAGCGUCCGGGCAUGGACCGCCAAAACCGGCGGGUCAACCCCGGAGGGGGUGGAGGCCGAGGCCCCCGCGGCCCGCCAGGCGGGGGCGCCGGGGGGCCCGGAAACGGAGGCGGCAAUCGCGGGGAGAGGCGCGGCAACUGGCCUUCUCCCAAAAACAGGAAGUGAUUUCAUUGGAGUAUUAAAGAUUUUAGUAAAAAACAAACCCCUCCCA